CUAGUUCCUGCCUUACAUUGAGCUUCCUGCCCAAGUUCGCGCAUUGACCAGUCGCAAAGUGAAACUGCAAGGUAGAAACUUACUUGGAUUUGCGCAGUCUAAAUCGCAAUCAACUCUCCGCCGAUUACUGUGUACACACGGCGCCAAACAUGGGAAGCAAUUUUUCAAAGGAAGACUGUUUUCACUUCCCAACCAUGGACACGCGGAAUCUGGACACUCUGAGGGACUACUUGUGUAACUACAGCCCUCCUGAGGGCUGUGUGGACUGUAUAAAUAUCCUGCUGUUCGGCAUGGUGGGGGCUGGGAAAUCCUCGACCAUCAACACAUUCCUCUCGGCUCUGGAUCCACGAGGAGCGAGCACAACCUGUGUCCCGACGGGGGCGGGUCCCUACAUUUUCACACCAGAGCUCAGGUGCUACAGAGGAGGGAAGAUAAAAUUUUUGGAUACUGCUGGAUGGGAUGUAAUGGGGACAACAGAUCAGACAAAGAGAGUGUUACAGAUGAUCCUGGAAGGAAGAGUUCCCAAAGGAACAGACUUGCUCAGUUUCAACCCUGACUCAGAUAUUUCCAGCUAUCCCGUUAUUCCGGAAAAUGUAAUUCAUGGAGUCGCAUUCAUAUUUGACAUCAACAUCAUGGACGUCAUCAGUGAUGAUAGAAUGGAAGAGUUUCAGGAGUUACAGACGAUCGUGGCACAGAAAUAUGUUCACAGGGUUGUGAUUGGGACCAAGUUUGAAUUAUUACAGAUACCAGAGAUACACAAUGCAUGGAUUUAUGAAUUCAAGCCACUGCAGCAGAAGUUUGAGUGGUUGGCAGAACGUACUGGGAUGGAUAGGCGUUCCAUGUUUGUGAUUUCGAACUAUUGGAGAGGUGAACAGAUCGAGAUGAUAAAAUGCAUCCUGGCCCUGUAUGUUCUGGAUAAUAUGGUCAGAAACAUUGAUCGAUUUUUCAGAGCAGUGUAAUGAUCACAGCUGACCUUGUCCAGUGCUGUGAAUCCGAUCCAGUUGCAGGAGCACACACACUGCUGUGGGUUUGAUGUUUUUAUUGUUUUCCCUGUAGUUUUAGCAUUCUUUAUGCCUGUUUAUAUAUUUGUACAGUCACCUGUUUGUCUGUAAACUUUUAGUAACUUGUUGUACAAUUGGUUCCAUUCUUCUGUCGUUUCUUUCCCUGCAAAGCUGAAGGGGGAAUCAGUCUGUAUCUGCUGAAAGGGUUUCUCAAAUAAACUGGCCCAGAGCACUUGGCAGAAUAAAUGCACACAA